AUGAGCGAAGAGAUUAUUAUUGGCCGUUUUGCUGGCACAUCGUCGCAUCUCCUUCGCCCAUCGGGGAAUCAUGAUUGUCCCUGUGCAGGCGAGGACGCCGUCGGUGUGAGCGAUGGAGCGAUGGUGCCGGUGCUCCUGCGGACAUCCCUCCGCCAGAGACGCUCGCCGGGACGCGGCGAGAGAGCCAUUGACGCAAGACAUCAUCACUGUGACGCAAUUGACUUCGAGGACAGCAUGAACUGCUCAGGAGCCGUGUUCCCCAACUCGUCGUCCACCCCAUCGCCCGGCUGCGAGCCCAACAACUGCUGCCCCGCCGACCUGAACGUCAGCUUCACGCCCGCCCUGUCGCAGAUCCUCCUGGCGCCCACGUCGUCCACUGGACCAAUAUUCUCGAGUGACGGGGACAACUCGACAACUGGAGAGGUCAUCAAUUCGUUCUACUUCUAUGAGAUCGAACAAUUCACCGUCCUGUGGGUCCUCUUCACUGUCAUCGUGCUGGGCAAUUCGGCUGUUCUGGUGACGCUCUUCUUCAGCAAGAAUCGCAAAUCGCGGAUGAACUUCUUCAUUAAGCAAUUGGCCGUUGCAGAUCUCUGCGUGGGGCUGCUCAACGUGCUGACGGACAUCAUCUGGCGCACGACCAUUUCGUGGAAUGCCGGAAAUGUCGCCUGCAAGGUCAUCAAGUUCCUGCAGGCCAGCGUCACCUACGCCUCAACCUACGUCCUCGUGGCGCUCAGCAUCGACCGAUACGACGCCAUCACGCACCCCAUGAACUUCUCCGGAUCGUGGAAGCGAGCGCGAAGACUUGUGGCGGCGGCGUGGGGCCUGAGCGCCUUCUUCUCCCUGCCGAUGCUGUAUCUCUACGAGGAGCGACCCAUCCAAGAUCAGCCGCAGUGCUGGAUCGACCUGGGCUCGCAGUUCGGCUGGCAGGUGUACAUGUCCCUGGUGGCCGCGGUGCUGUUCGUGUUUCCCGCCCUCAUCAUCUCGGCCUGCUACGCGAUAAUAGUGCGGACCAUCUGGGCCAAGGGAGCCAUCCUGGGCCCAAUCGAUCGCCGCGGCGUCGAUCGGGGCAGCCGCCGCGCCAGCUCGCGCGGCAUCAUUCCACGUGCCAAAGUGAAGACGGUGAAGAUGACCAUCGUGAUUGUGAUAGUGUUCGUGGUGUGCUGGUCGCCCUACAUUGUCUUCGAUCUGCUGCAGGUCUUCGAUCAGAUUCCGCGCACGCAGACCAACAUCGCCAUCGCCACGUUCAUCCAGAGCCUGGCGCCGCUCAACUCGGCCGCCAACCCGCUCAUCUACUGCCUCUUCUCCACGCAAGUCUGCAGGGCUCUCAGACGCCUGCCGCCCUUCCGCUGGUUGGCGUCCUCGUGGUGCCUGAAGACGCGCGAGCAGUCGAAUCACGCCCAGACGCGCUGCGGCACGGCCGGAGGACCAAGAAUGCACAACAGCAGCGACUCGAUGCGCACGCUCACGACGUCGCUCACGGUGUCACGCAGGUCGGCGUCGUGCAUGCGGCCGGCGCGCGUGAUGAUCGCCGAGCGGCCGAAGACGAUCAUCAUGUCGGAAGUGUAGAAAUCUCAAAUCCAUCUCUAAUUUAUUUAUUUAUUGCGAUUUAUUGUAGAUUUUAGGACUGACGCCGCGCAUUUUGUACACGCGAAGAGGUGAAGAACAAAGACUUUUCCUGCGCGGGGAAGACAAUAUAUAUAUAUAUAUAUGAAAAUGGGGAGAGAGAGAGAGUCCAAAGAGACCUCGAAUUUCUUAUAACAAAAAGAAAAAAAAAGAAA